GAACCAAACCAUGCGUUUUCCUGGUUCAAAUAUACUUCAGCUUCUAUUUCUGGAAGCAUGACUGAUAAUCAGCUGACAGUUGGUGGCUUCACUGCAUGCAGGCCAUCACACUGGCUGCCUAUCGGACUGAACAACCAUUUCUGUGAUCAGUGUGCCACAGAAGGAGAGGAACUAACAGCCAUACCAACAUGAGAGACAGGCUGAGGCACCUCCAUCAGCUGCAGACCGACUCUGAAGGUUUCAGCACAGUGGAGCUGAACAAUCUCUCAGAGCUUGAGGCAUCAACAGCAUCACACGCUGACCAGGACCUGGGUGGUGUCCUGCAGGAGGCCCAACAGAUACGUCUGGAGAUCCAGCAGAUCCAGAACGACAUCAGUGAGCUGAAAAAUGUGAACUACCAGGCCUUAAACAAGACCUCGCACCCUUGUGUGACAAAGCGGGACUCCAAUGCAAUCGGGGUGGAUAUUAAACGCAGGGGAGAAGCUGUGCUGCAGCGGCUGCACAUGAUGAGUACUGUCAGUAGGGAACUUGAGGCCCAGCGUGGCAGCUCUGACCCCACAGCACGCAUAGCUCGAACACAGUACCAGUGUCUCAGCAGUGGUCUGCGGGAUGUGAUGUUCAGCUACAACGACACAGAGAUGAGCCACAGGGAGGCUUGUAAACAGCAGAACCUGAGGCAGAUGGAGGUGGUGGGCAGGGAGGUCAGCACAGAGGAGCUGGAGGAGAUGAUGGAGAGCGGGGAGUUGAAUGUGUUCAGUGCCCAGGUGGAGGGCAAAACGGCUCACUCGGCUUUACUUCAGAUCGAGAGCCGACACAAGGAACUGGUGGAGCUGGAGAAGAGGAUCGAAGGGAUCCAGGAGCUGUUUCUGGAUGUGGCUGUGCUCACAGAGGAGCAGGGGGCAGCCGUUGAUAGCAUCCAGAAAAAUGUCCAAAACACUGACGUGAUCGUUCAGGAUGCUGUCUUCAAGGUGGAAAGGGCCUUGGCUUCUGAUAAAAACAAUCCUUUCAAGAAGAUGUUUUGUGGCUGCUUUCCAUGUUACAACAAUUAGGUCUGAUCAGGGCCAGUGGUCCAUGUGUACUACAAGAAAAAUGACCAAUCCUCUAAGACAUUGUUUUCAAUCAACAGUCUCACCACGAGGUCCACUGUUCUGGAGCUUUCAAUCACUGUGAAAUAUUGUGUAAGGAUGAACAAAUCAAUUUGAUUGGGUUAUUAAUCGGUUUGGACAGUGAUAAUGAUGGGGGGAAGUUAUAAACACAUGUCAUGUGAGUUACUAACAAACAAUAGAAUCAACUUUAUAUGACUCAACUCAGUAAGAUUUAGCAAGACUAAACUGAGACUCCAUCUGCUGAUGAAUGUCAUGUGAUGUAUGAUCCAUGGUGGGGUUUUUUUGAGUACAUUCACCCAAAUACUGUAACUGUGUAUAAAUUGGAGGUACUUAGACUUGACAAUUCGGAGGGUAAUGUUGUACUUUUGUACACCUUUGCAAUUAUUUAACAGCUUAAGUUACCAGUUACUUUGUAUUUUAAAAUGUACAUAAAAAACAUAUGAUGAACUAAUAAAAUAUGAUGUUAGUAUAUUAGACCAGCAAAAAGAAUAUAAUCAGCUCCACCUCUACUCCUCUUGUACUUUAAGCACAUUUUGCUGAUAAUAAUUACAUACUUGUACAGUUGUACUUUCACUUGACUUGUUAUGUAGUAUUUUUACAGUCUGCUAUUGCUACCUUUGUUCAAGUAAAGGAUCUGAAUACUUCUUCCACCACUGUGGAAAGCUUGAAAGCUCCAGAACAGCUACUAAAUGGACCUUGAAAUUGUUAUUUUCUUUAUGUUAAGAGAAAAAGCUCUAAUGUAUUUUAUUGGUUUACAUUAAAUUAGUGUAAGACUUUAAAAGAUCCAGUCAUACUAAACUAGUUUUUCUAACUUUUUGUCUCUCAUAUUGCAUUCUGACUAUAAAGUUAUAAAUCUAAAGAGCGCAUCAAACGUGCAAAACAUCACCUGCGCGCUUUAACGCUCAAUAAACGACUAUAAACCGA